AUGUAUAAGCUCGCCGUUGCCUCUGCGGCCUUGUUUGGCGCCGCCGCCGCCGAUGCCCACAAUGGCAAAAACUGCCGCGACAUUACCGUCCCCGUCACCGUCGACACGACGGUCAAGUCGUUCGACUACACGCCCACCGACAAGGAAGUCGACACGACCAACUUCUUCCUCGACUUUACGCGCCACGGCGACGACUUUACGACGCGCAUCAUCAAGAGCAACGACACCAAGAUCAACAAGGCCUACACCCUCGCCGCCACCAUCUGCCACCCUCCCUCGGGCCCCUCCUCCACGCUGCAGAUCCUCACCCACGGCGUCGGCUUCGAUCGCAGCUACUGGGACUACCCCUUUGCCGGCUACAACUACUCCUACGUCGCCGACGCCCUCGCCGCCGGCUACUCGACGCUCUCCUGGGACCGCCUCGGCAUCGCCGCCUCCUCCCACGGCGACCCCGUCCAAGAGAUCCAGCUCGGCCUCGAGGUCGAGGCCCUGCGCCAGCUCACCUGGAUGGCCGACGAGGGGCACCUCUGCGGCCUCGGCGGCCACCGCUUCACCAAAAAGGUCCACGUCGGCCACUCCUUUGGCUCGGCCAUGACCUACUCCCUCUCGAGCAGGUACCCCAACAUCACCGACGCCAUUGUCCUCACGGGCUUCUCGCAGGCGCCCUCCUACCUGGGCCUCUUCGCCCUCGGCGCCAACUUUGCCCCCGUGGCCGUCAACCCCACGCUCAAGACAAAGUACACGACCGGCUACGUCGCCCCCAGGGACUCCAUCGGCGUGCACAUUGACUUUUUCGGGCCCGGCGACUUUUCCGACGACAUGCUCGCCUACGCGACCGAGCACGGCCAGCCCGCCGCGCUCGGCGAGCUGCUGACCGUGGGCGACGGCGCCGCCAAGCCGAGCAGCUUUGCCGGCGCGGUGCAGAUCAUCACAGGCGAGUACGACGUGCCCUUUUGCGGCGGCAACUGCAACAUGGUCAUGACGGGCGACGCGCCCAACAUUCUGGAAAUGUCAAGGCCCAUGUUCAGCAAGGCCAAGACGUUCAACGCAACGGUCGUGCCUGGCGCGGGCCACGGCCUCAACUUUGGCUACUCGCACACCGUGACCUACAAGGGUAUUCUCGACUUCCUCAAACAGGAGCUGUAA